AUGAUGGAGUCUCUGCGGGCCCAGCGGCUGCAGCCGGGCGUCGGGGGCACGCUGCGGUCGCUCCGGCCUGGCGUCACCAUCCCCGUCCCCCUCGGCGCUUCGGCACCGCCGCCGCCGCCCCCGCCGCCACUGGGGCUCGGGCUCAACCUGGGGCCUCCGCCGCCGCCCCCGCCGCCGCCCUUGCCGCCUCUCCCGCCGCCGCUCCUGCCCGGCGCGGUGGGCGCCGCCAGCUCCCCGGCAGGGACGGCGCCGGGGCCGCCCGCUGUGCUGAGGGAGGCCGUCGAGGCGGUCGUCAGGAGCUUCGCCAAGCACACGCAAGGCUACGGCCGCGUCAAUGUUGUAGAGGCUCUUCAGGAGUUUUGGCAGAUGAAGCAAUCACGUGGUGCUGAUCUGAAAAAUGGUGCUCUGGUUGUCUACGAGAUGGUCCCAUCCAACAGUCCUCCUUAUGUUUGCUAUGUCACUUUGCCUGGAGGAAGCUGUUUUGGCAGUUUUCAGUUUUGUCCCACUAAAGCUGAAGCAAGGAGGAGUGCAGCAAAAAUUGCUCUGAUGAAUUCUGUCUUCAAUGAACAUCCAUCCCGGAGAAUCACAGAUGAAUUUAUUGAAAAAAGCGUCUUGGAGGCCUUGGCAUCUUUCAAUGGUAAUAGAGAAGAGGCAGACAAUCCGAGCACUGGCAUUGGUGCAUUCCGCUUCAUGUUGGAGUCGAACAAAGGGAAGUCAAUGUUAGAAUUCCAGGAGCUGAUGACAGUCUUCCAACUGCUGCAUUGGAACGGUAGCCUUAAAGCCAUGCGAGAGAGGCAGUGCUCGCGACAGGAGGUGCUGGCUCACUACUCCCACCGUGCCCUUGAUGAUGACAUCAGGAACCAGAUGGCAAUGGACUGGGUCAGUCGGGAGCAAAAUAUUCCAGGGGCCCUUUCCAGAGAGCUGGCCUCCACAGAACGGGAACUGGACGAAGCCCGGCUGGCUGGGAAGGAGCUGCGAUUCCACAAGGAGAAGAAAGACAUCCUGAUGUUGGCAGCUGGCCAGCUAGGGAACAUGCACUCUUCCAACUGUUAGGACCUUAGGAGAGCUGUUC